AUGGAUGUCAAAGACUUCUAUCCCCUCUUUCACAUAGAUUUUGCACUGACCGAAGGAAGUACAAUCACUCCUUUGUGCCCAAAAGGAUAUUUUCCCUGUGGGAACCUGACCCAGUGCUUACCCCGUGCGUUUCACUGUGACGGCGUGGACGACUGCGGGAACGGAGCUGACGAGGAGAACUGUGGAGACACUAGUGGAUGGGCGACUCUGUUUGGCACAGUCCAUGGAGAUGCUAAUCAUGUGGCAUUAACACAGGAGUGCUUUUUAAAUCAGUACCCACAACGCUGUGACUGCAAAGAAACUGAGUUGGAAUGUAUAAAUGCUGGCUUGAAGUCUGUGCCAACUGUUUCCAGCAAUGUGACAUUACUGUCUCUUAAGAAAAACAGUAUUCACAGUCUUUCAGAUAAAGUUUUCAUCAAAUACACAGAACUUAAAAAGAUAUUCCUUCAGCAUAAUUGUAUUAGACAUAUAUCCAGGAAAGCAUUCUUUGGAUUACAUAAUCUGCAAAUACUAUAUCUCAACCACAACUGCAUUACAACUCUCAGACCUGGAGUAUUCAAAGACUUACAUCAUCUAACUUGGCUAAUUCUAGAUGACAAUCCCAUAACCAGAAUUUCACAGCGGUUGUUUACUGGAUUAAAUUCCUUGUUUUUCCUGUCUAUGGUGAAUAACUACUUAGAAGCCCUUCCCAAGCAGAUGUGUGCCCAAAUGCCUCAACUCAACUGGAUGGAUUUGGAAGGCAAUGGAAUAAAAUACCUUACGAAUUCCACCUUCCUGUCGUGCAAUUCACUCACAGUGCUGUUUCUGCCUAGAAAUCAAAUUGAUUUUGUUCCAGAGAAGACAUUUUCAUCAUUAAAAAAUUUAGGAGAACUGGACCUGUCUAGCAAUAUGAUAAUGGAGCUACCACCCCACAUUUUCAAAGACCUGAAGCUUCUUCAAAAACUGAACCUGUCGUCCAAUCCUCUUUUGUAUCUCCACAAGAACCAGUUUGAAAGUCUUAAACAACUUCAGUCUCUAGACCUGGAAAGGAUAGAGAUUCCAAGUAUAAACACACAAAUGUUUCAGCCCAUGAAGAAUCUUUCUCACAUUUAUUUCAAAAACUUUCGAUACUGCUCCUAUGCUUCCCAUGUCCGAAUAUGUAUGCCCUUGACUGAUGGCAUUUCUUCAUUUGAGGACCUCUUGGCUAACAGUAUCCUCAGAAUAUUUGUCUGGGUUAUAGCUUUCAUAACCUGCUUUGGAAAUCUUUUUGUCAUUGGCAUGAGAUCUUUCAUUAAAGCUGAAAACACGACCCAUGCUACGUCCAUCAAAAUCCUUUGUUGUGCGGACUGCCUGAUGGGUGUUUAUUUGUUCUUCGUUGGCGUUUUUGAUCUAAAAUACCGCGGGCAGUAUCAGAAGUACGCGUUGCUGUGGAUGGAGAGCUUAGAGUGCCGCCUCCUGGGCUUCCUGGCCGUGCUGUCCACCGAGGUCUCCGUCCUCCUGCUGACGUACUUGACUUUGGAGAAGUUCCUGGCCGUUGUCUUUCCCUUCAGUAACAUCCGUCCUGGAAAAUGGCAGACCUCGGUCAUCCUCAUUUGCAUCUGGAUUGUGGGAUUUUUAAUAGCUGUGAUUCCGUUUUGGAAGGAGGAUUAUUUUGGAAACUUUUAUGGAAAAAAUGGAGUAUGCUUCCCACUUUACUAUGACCAAACAGAAGAUAUUGGAAGCAAAGGGUAUUCUCUUGGAAUUUUCCUAGGUAUGAAUUUGCUGGCUUUUCUCAUCAUUGUGUUUUCCUAUACUAUUAUGUUCUGUUCCAUUCAAAAAACUGCCUUGCAGACUUCAGAAGUCAGGAAUAACACCGGAAGAGAGGCGGCCGUCGCAAACCGUUUCUUUUUUAUAGUGUUCUCUGAUGCCAUCUGCUGGAUUCCUGUAUUUGUAAUUAAAAUCCUUUCCCUCUUCCGGGUGGAAAUACCAGAAACAAUCACUUCCUGGGUGGUCAUUUUUUUCCUCCCAGUAAACAGUGCCUUGAACCCAAUCCUCUACACUCUCACAACCAGCUUUUUCAAAGACAAGUUGAAACAGCUGCUGCACAAACAUCAGAGGAAAUCGAUUUUCAAAACUAAAAAAAAAAGUUUGUCUACAUCCAUCGUGUGGGCCGAUGACUCCUCGUCACUGAAACUUGGGGUUUUGAACAAAAUAAACCUCGAGGAGAAUAUAGUGAAACUAGUUUCCUAGUAAUGGUUU